GUUAACAAUAAAUCAGCAGUAAUCCUAUAGCUGAAUAUUUGUAUUAUUAUUAGAAACAAAGUUUUCAAUAUUUCUAAAGUAAAUAGAUAAAAAUUCUCUUUUAAAAAAAGUGAAAAAUAAUUAAAUUCAAUACAUUUACAAAGAAAAAAGUUUUAUUUGUGGAAAAAAUUGUUUGUGCUAUUAAAUGAAUCACAAGUGCGGUGUGUGACAGUAUAUUUCAUGUUAACGCAUUACUUCAAUUUUUUGUCUUGGUUACGCUUUUCACUUUUAACGCCGGCUUUAAAAAGUUGAAUUUUUUACUUACUUUAAGCAUAUGGUAUUUUUUAAUUAUUUUAAUGCAUCAAAUUGUAGAUAAUUAAAUUGGAAGUUUCAGUUAAAGUAUAAAAUAAUACUUAGAUUCAAAAAGUUACACUUUUAAAAUGGAAUUUAAUUGGAAAAAUUAAACCUAAAGAUAUGAGAUAUUGACAGAAAAAUUUGAUGUGAUAUAAAAUCUCUUUGUGCACUUUGGAACUUUCUUGUUAAAGAUGAAUAUGGAUCACUUCUGUUUGAAAAGCAAGGCUCUAUGGUGAGAAAUGUCAGUCAAUAAAAAAGAAGGUCUUGUUUGAAGUGGCUGGCUUUAAGAGUCUCAAGUGUUACAAUGAGAGCUAUUGUUUUGAUGCUAUUAGUGACAUUACUGGUCCAAUGUGUUAUUACAAAUAGAAUAUGUGUCAGUCGACAGAAAAACACGGAAAAUUUUUUAAAACAAAAUUAUGAAAAUGCAUUGGAAAAUGAUUUAAAUAACAAAGAUGAUGCUGGCUAUCAAAGAUCCAAUGACAUAAAAUUUGAAAAAUGUGAAAAUUAUUGUUAUACUUUAUGGAAAGAAAAUAAGACUGGGAAUGGUACUGAAAUAACGAUUAUUAUGCAAGGUUGCUGGAAACAAUCUGGAUAUCAAGAGUGUGGAACAAAAGAAUGCGUGGCUUUUGAGCAAUCAACAAAAGCAUUGAAUAAUACAAAAUUUUGCUGUUGUCAAGAGGACUAUUGCAAUAUCAACAUAACAGAUCAUGAUCAAAAUAAAAUUAUUCAACCUAUUUCUACAACAACAGAUUAUUCAGAGUUGACAAACUCAAAAAAAUGGAUAUUAGUUAUCGUAACUAUUUUAUCUUGUACUUUGAUUAUAAUAUGCUCUAUAAGUGUUAUAAUUUGUAAAGCAUACCAAAGGAAAAGAUCACUAAGAUUUAGGAAUUCCUUACCUUACUGUGAUCAAUACUCUGAAAGUUCUGCUUUUAGUACUGGUACAUAUACAUUUGACAAUCUAAAGCUAGCAACAAUCGUUGGUCAAGGUCGAUAUGGUUCAGUGUGGAAAGGUAGCAUUGGAGAUCAAGAUGUUGCUGUGAAGAUUUUUCCAGCACACUACAGACAUUAUUUUCAAAAUGAAAAGGACACCUAUUGCCUUCCUUUCAUGGAACAUUCUUCGCUAUUAAAAUACUAUGGUGCUGACGAAAGAAUUAAUUUAGAAGGAAAUCUAGAAUACUUUUUAGUUUUAAGUUUUUCAUCUGGUGGAACUUUGGUGGAUUUUUUGCGGUCACAUACUGUAGAUUGGUUAAUGUUUUGUAAAAUGAGUCUCUCAAUUGUUAAAGGUCUUGCUUAUUUACAUACAGAUCAUCACAAAAAUGGUAAAAUAAAACCUUGCAUAGCGCACAGAGAUAUGAAUUCAAGAAAUAUUUUGAUUAAAGUCGAUGGUACUUGUUGCAUUUGUGACCUUGGAUUAGCCGUUCAAAUCUCUGGUUCAAAAUAUUUUGUAAAUGGAGAAGAGCAACAUGCUGAGACAAAGUCCAUUAAUGAUGUAGGGACGCUUAGAUACAUGGCUCCGGAAGUAUUAGAAGGAGCUGUAAAUUUAAGAGACUGCGAAAGCUCUCUAAAACAAAUAGACAUCUAUGCAGUUGGAUUGGUAUUGUGGGAAAUAGUAUCUCGUUGCUCCGAUAUUUAUGUAUCUGGCUCAGAAAUACCAUCGUAUAAACUUCCCUUUGAAAAAGAAAUUGGCCUGCAUCCAACAUUUGAGCAAAUGCAAAUUCUUGUUUCUCGAAAUAAAGCCAGACCCUUGUUAGAAGGCAAUUUGGUAGAUAAGUCAGGAGUUCGUUUGAUAAAAGAAACAAUGGAGGAUUGUUGGGACGCAGAUGCAGAAGCUCGCCUCACUGCUUUAUGUAUUGAAGAACGAUUAACAGAGCUGCAAUCACAUCGAGUGACAGUGUACUUCACUGAUGGAAGCCCAAUGAUGAAUUCUCACUGCGGACUUGUGCCUUCAACUACAAAUAGUCUUUAUAAUGAAACUCAUCAUCCUAAUACUGCACAAUCAACGCACAACGCAUUUCAAGAUGAAAAUGUUGAUGUCAACUUGGUUGCAUUGUCACCGAUCGACAAUAUCACUUACGAACAUUGUAAAAAUUCAAACGAAAUGGUAUUGUCUUCACAAACACAAACUCUUCAACCAUAUCAGGGUAGAAAUCCCUGCAUGGAGCGCAAUCUCAUGGUCCAAUCGAAUUCAAUGGAACAACUCGCCUGCAAUGGUAACAUUCUGAUAGACAAAUCAUCGAAGCAUUCAAGCAGCGAUCAAUACAGAUUUACUGCCGAGACUCAAGUUCUCAUACCACACGAUUAUCUAGCCCAAAAUACAGCUCAAGUGAUUCAAAUGAGACCAGCAACUCCAAUUCCUUACGUUCAAAAUGUCAUUUCUGAAAAUGGAGCACCGUCCUACAAUAAAUUGAAGCAAACCAACGUUUACGAAUCCUGCAUUCAAGAAAGUCCUCGUAAAAAAGGAUUCGGUGGUUGGUCCACUUUUAAGAACCUCCUUUCCAACAGCAAAUUAUAUUCUCACAGCAAAUGUCAAAUAGAUCGCGAAGACUCAAAGUCAAAUUUACUCAUGAAACAGAAAGUGCAAUCGAAAGUUGAAACGAAUGUUACAAUUUCUUCAAGGGGGAAAUACGUCAACGAAAUAAGCUCACCUUCCGCCAGCUUCCUCGAUAAAAAUGACAAAAAUACAAUCCAAAUGGCAGGAAAUGAAAAAUGCAGCAAUGAUAACGCACCCUGUACAAGACCAUCGACAUUGCCACUUGUUCCUCUCAGGAAUAAAAAGAGUGAGAACAACUUAACAAAGCAAAACAGUAUAAAUAAAUUUAACCAAGUAUUUAACGUUGGUUCAAGUGUUAAUAUUUUGAAGGAUCCGAAUAUGCGGAUAAAAACACCCGGCGAUUUACCGCCAUCUGUUAGAAAGGUACGAGGACGGUCCUCACAAACAACGGCAAGAUUCUCCCUCUAUGACGAUCGUAUAAUGUGCAACAUUCUCAACGAAGAAGACAACCAAAGUGAUAAGACAAUGUCAAAUUCAGUACCAUAUGGUAUGGACUGCGACUUGGACUGCGACAGUAAGACUAUACCACCAAAACUUCACGCUAAAGAUAUUACUUGUUUUUAAAUUAGUUAUGUACCUAUUUACAAAAGUAAAAAAUAAGUUAGGUCAUUUUCAAGUUUUUUCAGGGAUCACAGUGGAUUUUUUUUGUUUAAAUCGAGAAAACAAUAUAUAUUAUGAUGCGAUGUGUUAAGUUUACUUUUUAAAAAGUUUAUUUUUUUCUCUUUCACACAGAUUGUAUGUUUUCAUUUGAAUUUAAAUUUAUUUUUAAUUUAUAUCAAUUUUCCAAAGUCUAUUUUAUAUUUUUUUCGAAUUAUGUACAAUGUUUUUAUGUGAUUUAUUACUGCGGAUAUUUUAAUAAUUAUACAUAAUUAUAGUGUUUUAAUAUACCAUUUAGAUUUAUACAUAUAUAUAGGGACCUACUAUACAUAAUAUGAAACUUUAAAGAUUCUAUGUAGGUAUUUGACUGACAAUAUUAAUUUUUUUAUAAAAUUUAUUAUUUAAGUGACACGAUCUGAAGAAAGGGACAAACAAAAAUUAGUGCUUAUUAAAUACUUUAAUUGUACUGAAGACUUAAAUAUCAGUGAUUUAUAUUGACAGUUGAUCCUUUUUUAGUAUUUUCCGUAUUUUCAUUUUAAAAAUUGUAAACAUAACCUAUAAUUUUUUGCUUCUAAGGUCCCUUUCUUCAGAUCGCGUCACAAAUGUUAAAAAUAUAAAUAGUUAACAAGUAAUUUUUUAUUUUACACCUAAUUGUGAUAAAAUAAUAGUCAUUAAUCGAAAGAAUAUGUAAGGGGAAUGAAAUUCAUGAUUUUAGGCAUUUUAGAUGUUUUUUUUUUUAAA